UUUCGAUUGUCUUCUGCUUUUACUAGAUCCAUGUCAACUUUGACACGCGUUCACACGAACAGUGCUCCUGCUGCUAUUGGGCCUUAUGCUCAAGCUAUUAAAGCCAAUGGUGUUGUCUAUACUUCUGGAUCCCUUCCUGUUAUUCCUGAGACCGGCGACAUCAUUCAGGGUGGAAUCAAGGAGCAAACACAUCAAAGUUUGACUAAUAUGGCAGAAGUUCUCAAAGCUUCUGGAUCCAGCCUAGAUAAAGUAGUCAAGACAACUGUCUUUUUGAAAGAUAUGAAUGAGUUUGUUGCCAUGAAUGAGGUUUAUGCUGAGUUCUUUAAGCAUCAUCAGCCUGCUCGUAGUGCAGUUCAAGUAGCUCGUCUUCCUAAAGAUGUUGCUGUUGAAAUCGAGUGUGUAGCUAUUACAGAAUGAGCUAUUGUCAUAUUCAACAAUUGCAAGGAGAUAAAAUGUAUUGAAAACAAUAGUAAUCCUGACUUUACGUGUAUUAUUUUGACACCACACAUACACACA